AUGGCUGGGAGACCGACAGGAGCUCGUCACGGCGGAUCCUCUGGAAAUCGCGACGACCUGCUGCUGGAUCUAGACAAUGGCCAGCCGGCAUACAGCGGCGGCCAGAGGUCGACCCUGACCGACGACGAUCUUAUGCGACGCUACAGUCGCGACCAAGAACCUGAGGAGCGACCGUCCGUCUCCUACGAUGACUUUGUCGGCGCAGCAGGCUCGUCUCCGUCUCACUCUACCGGCGCCGGCUUGGGUAUUCCGCAACAGGGUCGGCCUGCACCGUACACGUCCAGGCACUACAGCCAGACCUCGGAGCUCGGAAACUACCAGCGAUACGCCGACGACUUUGACGACUAUGCAGCCGAUGGCGAGUCAUACUACCAGCACGGGGGUGCCGGCGAUGGGGGCCCUUCCGCAGCUCGGAGCAGUGCUCGAAAACGCAACAGCGUCCUUGGGUUGGGCGGUGGCUUUCUGGGGAAAGUCAAGAACAAGCUUGGCAUGGGCCAAGGAUACUCGGAAAUGGACUUGCCCCUGACAGAGCAUGGCCGGGAGCGCGGAGCUCCAGCCGCUGCCGCUGCCGCUGCCGCGCAGGGUGAGCCGCCGAGAAGCAAGGCAUUCGACAUGGGCAACUUCAAGUUCGGAUUUGGACGCAGCAAGCCUGAUCCCUCUACCCUGGGACCUCGAAUGAUCCAUCUCAACAACCCCCCGGCCAACGCUGCCAACAAAUAUGUCGACAACCACAUCUCGACAGCCAAGUACAACGUCGCCACAUUCCUCCCCAAGUUUCUCCUCGAGCAAUUCUCCAAGUUUGCCAACAUUUUCUUCCUCUUCACAGCCGGCCUGCAGCAGAUUCCAGGCCUCUCCCCGACGAAUCGGUACACUACCAUUGCGCCUCUGCUCAUCGUGCUUCUCAUAUCAGCUGGCAAAGAACUGGUGGAGGACUACCGCAGAAAGCAGGCCGACAACGCCUUGAACACGUCAAAGGCCCGGGUCCUCCGUGGCUCCAGCUUCAACGAGACGAAGUGGAUCAACGUGGCGGUCGGAGACGUGAUCCGUGUCGAGUCGGAGGAAUCCUUCCCGGCAGAUUUGGUCCUUCUCGCCAGUUCCGAGCCCGAGGGUCUCUGUUACAUCGAAACAGCCAACCUGGACGGCGAGACGAACCUCAAGAUCAAGCAGGCCUUGCCGGAGACGUCGUCCAUGGUCUCCCCCAGCGAGCUCAGCAGGCUCGGCGGACGAAUCAAGUCGGAACAGCCGAACAGUAGCCUGUACACGUACGAGGCCGCCUUGACCAUGCAAACCGGAGGCGGGGAAAAGGAGCUGGCCCUGAACCCGGAGCAACUGCUGCUCCGCGGCGCCACCCUGCGCAACACGCCCUGGAUCCACGGCGUCGUCGUCUUCACCGGCCACGAGACGAAGCUGAUGCGAAACGCCACGGCGGCGCCCAUCAAGCGAACCAAGGUCGAGAAGAAGCUCAACUGGCUCGUCCUGGUCCUGGUCGGCAUGCUCCUGGUCCUCAGCGUGAUCUGCACCGUCGGAGACCUCAUCAAGCGCAGCGUCUACGGCGACUCGCUCAGCUAUCUCUACCUGCACAAGAUUGACAGCGCCGCCCAAGUCGUCAGGACGUUUGCCAGAGACAUGGUCACGUACUGGGUGCUUUUUUCUUCGCUCGUGCCGAUUUCCCUCUUCGUCACCGUGGAGCUGGUCAAGUACUGGCACGGCAUCCUGAUCAACGACGACCUCGACAUGUAUUACGACAAGGCCGACACUCCCGCGACCUGCCGAACCUCGAGCCUGGUUGAGGAGCUGGGCAUGGUCGAGUAUGUCUUCUCCGACAAGACCGGCACGCUUACCUGCAACCAGAUGGAGUUCAAGCAGUGCACGAUUGCCGGCACCCAGUACGCCGACGACGUCCCGGAGGAUCGUCGUCCGUCCGGUCCUGCCGAUGAGAUGGGCAUCCACAACCUGGACAGGCUCCGCUCCAACCUGGCCGGAGGCGGCGAGGCUGCGCUCGCCAUCGACCACUUCCUCACCCUCCUGGCAACCUGCCACACCGUUAUUCCGGAAAUGGACGAGAAGGGUCGCAUCAAGUACCAGGCCGCCUCCCCUGACGAAGGUGCUCUCGUGGAGGGCGCUCUCCAGCUGGGCUACCGCUUCACCGCGCGAAAGCCCAAAGCAGUCAUCAUCAGUGUCGGUGGCCGGGAACUGGAGUACGAACUCUUGGCCGUGUGCGAGUUCAACUCGACUCGGAAGCGCAUGUCGGCCAUCUAUCGUUGCCCAGACGGCAAGGUCCGAAUCUACUGCAAAGGCGCCGAUACCGUCAUCCUGGAACGGCUGCACCAGGAAAACCCUCACGUGGAGGCCACGCUCCGUCAUCUGGAAGAAUACGCAUCCGAGGGCCUCCGCACGCUCUGCCUAGCCACGCGCGAAGUACCGGAGCAGGAGUUUGCCGAGUGGUUCAAAAUCUACGAGGCUGCCGCAACGACGGUGGGGGGGACCAGGACGGACGAGCUGGACAAGGCGUCGGAGAUUAUCGAGCACGACUUUUACUUGCUCGGCGCCACGGCGAUUGAAGACCGCCUGCAAGACGGCGUGCCCGAGACCAUCCACACCCUGCAGCAGGCCAACAUCAAGGUAUGGGUCCUCACCGGAGAUCGUCAGGAGACGGCCAUCAACAUUGGCAUGAGCUGCAAGCUGCUCAGCGAGGACAUGAUGCUGCUCAUAGUCAACGAAGAGUCGGCGACGGCAACGCGAGACAACCUGCAGAAGAAACUGGACGCGAUCCGGACCCAAGGAGACGGCACCAUUGAAACCGAGACGUUGGCGCUGGUCAUUGACGGCAAGUCGUUGACGUACGCCCUGGAGAGAGACCUGGAGAAGCUGUUCCUGGACCUGGCCAUCAUGUGCAAAGCCGUCAUCUGCUGCCGAGUGUCGCCGUUGCAGAAGGCCCUGGUGGUGAAGCUGGUCAAGAAGUACCAGAAGCAGUCCAUCCUGCUGGCAAUCGGCGACGGCGCCAAUGACGUGUCCAUGAUCCAAGCCGCGCACAUUGGCGUGGGCAUCAGCGGCAUGGAGGGCCUCCAGGCGGCACGGAGCGCCGACGUUGCCAUUGCCCAGUUUAGAUACUUGCGCAAGCUGCUCCUGGUGCACGGGGCCUGGAGCUAUCAGCGCGUGAGCAAGACGAUUUUGUUUUCGUUUUACAAGAACAUUACUCUGUACUUGACGCAGUUUUGGUUUACCUUUCAAAACGUCUUCUCGGGCCAAGUCAUCUACGAGUCGUGGACAUUGUCCUUUUACAACGUCUUCUUUACCGUCCUCCCGCCGCUGGCCCUCGGCAUUCUCGAUCAGUUCAUCUCGGCGCGCCUGCUGGACCGGUACCCUCAGCUGUACGCCAUGGGUCAGAGCAAUUACUUUUUCAAGCUAAAGACGUUUGCCCAGUGGAUCGCCAACGCCUUUUACCACUCCAUCGUCCUGUACAUUUUCGCGGAACUGAUCUGGUACGGGGACUUGAUCCAGGGCGACGGCAAGGUGGCAGGUCACUGGGUCUGGGGAACCGCCCUCUACGGCGCCGUCCUCCUCACCGUCCUGGGCAAGGCGGCGCUGGUGACGAACAACUGGACAAAGUACCACGUGCUGGCGAUCCCGGGCAGCAUGGCCAUCUGGUACGUGUUUAUCGCCGCCUACGGCAUGGUGGCGCCCAUGGUGCACUUUUCCAUGGAGUACCACGGGGUCAUACCGAGGCUGUACAGCAGCCCCGUGUUCUGGCUGCAGACGGUCGUCCUGGCCGUCUUGUGCUUGAUACGGGACUUUGUGUGGAAGUACGCCAAGCGCAUGUACUGGCCGCAGACCUACCACCACAUCCAGGAGAUUCAAAAGUACAAUAUCCAGGAUUACCGACCCAGGAUGGAGCAGUUCCAAAAAGCGAUCCGAAAAGUUCGGCAGGUGCAGAGGAUGCGCAAGCAGCGUGGCUAUGCUUUCUCGCAGGCCGACGAGAGCCAGACGCGCGUCCUGCAGGCCUACGACACGACGAAACACCGCGGCCGAUACGGAGAGAUGGCCAGCUCGAGACCAGCAUAG